CCUAUGAAGAAAACAAGAGAGAGGCAUGUGACGGAGAGCGACUUUGAUAGAGUGUUCCAGAAAGGCCUCAGAGAAGCUAUGUGAACUGAAACCUGAAUGAUGAGCUUCGGGUAGACCUGGCUCUGGGGCCAAUCUUCCAAGAAGGACUAGAAAGUGAAAGUCUUAGAAGCAAGAAUUAGACGGCUGUCGGGAUGAGGAUUGGUAGAUGAAGACAGAGCGAUAGCUGGGGUGAGAGCACUAACCUGAAGACGGAAGGCAAGGCAAGAAGCUGCUGGUAGGAGGCACGUGUGCCCAGGUGUGGAGAGACCAGUGUCUGUACUCGCUGCUACUCUGACUCCUGCUCUUUCUGGUCACCUGGAGGAACUCAUUUGCAAGUGAAGCAGUUAAAGGAAAAGCUGCAUCUGAGAGGCUAAUAGAUUUGGAGGCCGAUCACUGCCACCUUUUAUUUCCCCGUGGGUCCAGGAACUGGAUUUCUUUAUUUGGUCAAUUUAUACUUCUUAUAUCAGUAUUCUACACGACUCGAAACAGGAGCUUUCGAUGGGAGGCCGGCCGACUAUUUAUUCAUGCUCCUCUUUAACUGGAUUUGCAUUGUGAUUACUGGCUUAGCAAUGGAUAUGCAGUUGCUGAUGAUCCCUCUGAUCAUGUCAGUGCUUUACGUCUGGGCCCAGCUGAACAGAGACAUGAUUGUAUCGUUUUGGUUUGGAACAAGAUUUAAGGCCUGUUAUUUACCUUGGGUUAUCCUUGGAUUCAACUAUAUCAUCGGAGGCUCGGUCAUCAACGAGCUUAUCGGAAAUCUCGUUGGACACCUUUAUUUCUUCCUCAUGUUCAGAUACCCAAUGGACUUGGGAGGAAGAAACUUUCUGUCCACGCCUCAGUUUUUGUACCGCUGGCUGCCCAGCAGGAGAGGAGGGGUGUCAGGGUUUGGCGUGCCCCCUGCUAGCAUGCGGCGAGCCGCCGAUCAGAACGGCGGCGGCGGGAGACACAACUGGGGACAGGGCUUUCGCCUCGGGGACCAGUGAAGGAGUGGCCUCUGGCCCGCCCACCAGCCUCUCCGCUCCGAUGAAGUCUCCUCCCAGUGCUGGGUGACCUUACCCACCGAGUUCUAGCCGAUGCUGUUGGACCCGACCCACACUGAAUGUAGUCUUUCAGUCCAAGACAGCAGUUUUUUUAAAUCCUGAAGAAAAAAAAUAUAAGUGUUCCUCACGUUCCAUGAUUCUCAUUCAAGUCCUUACUGCUGAGAAGAACAAAUAUCAGCUGUGCAAAUUUCAGAACUGCCCAUGUUCUUUUGGUGUCUUCUCUCCCUUUUCCAUCUGCAUAGUGGGUUUUGGCAGGUCCCGCCCUGCUGGCACCAAGCUGGGCAUCGGGGGUCGGGUCACCAGCCCCUCAUCAAAGGGACUCUUACCUCUUUCUCGCACACAUGCCUCCCCCCCUCUUCCCCAGCCCCACAUUUGCAGCUAGAGGAGGUCGCCCACAAAGCCGUUCUGCCUCUGACAAGCUCUGCGUAUUGACUUCUGCCAACGCUUGGCUGACAAAGACCUUGCUCCACCGUUUUCCCGGGGCUGAGCUCUCGCCGUGGGGGACAAGGCACAGCAGCGGAUGGAGAGCUCUCCCAGCUUUUGGAAUGGCCGUGACCUGGUGUCAGUUGCCCCCAUUUGUCACGUCUUCAGCUCUUUGAUAAAAACAACCAAAAGCACCACUGAGUCAGUGAGGACCUCAGAUUGCUAUGAAUGAGUCGUGAGGGUGGUUGCUAGGCGUUUUUUUUUUAAUCCAAAGUAAUCAAAACUCUGGUGGAGUUGGAUCUGACACGGGGGCUGGGUUUAAACUGCGGUGGGCACAGUCCCUUUGCAUCUCACGUAGGGUACACUGGCUCUGUGGGUACCUAGAGGAGUGGGUUUGUACUGUGCUAGAAAGUUCCAAAUCACAUUGGCCCCAGGGAUUACCUCUCUUUGCGAGGCUCCUGGGCGUUAAUUCUACUUCCUUCUCUUUCUGGAUAUAUGUUUAUCGAGUAGAGCGAAGGUGAGAACCAUAAACCUUAUUUAAGUUGUCAAUUUUAUUUUAUUUUUCAAACUGACACCCCCAAGCCCCUACCCCCCACCCCUGGUAGCCAUGUGCUUCAGUUAAUUUUGAGGAGCGUGCAGCCCCUGUGUACGUAGGUCUUAUUUUAGGAGCUGUUAUAUGCACAUCUAAGUGAAAUACAAAGUUUGGGGUGGUAAUGGCUUUAGAGACAUCUGUGUUUGAGUGUGCGAGGGUCUUUUUUAAUUUUGCUUCAUGAAGGUUCAUCAGACCAGCUUCAACAUCCGCUACUCUUUUUUCAUAGGUAAGCUUUUCCCAUCAGAGCUAGGCUUGUCACCAAAUAGUGUUUUUGAAGGCUACGAUGUUUCACAGUUUCUUAUUUUAUAUUUUUAUUCUGCAAGCAGACUGCUAGGAGCAGGGUUGAGUGACUGCCAUACUUUGAAUCAACUGAAAAAAAAAAAGGCUUUGAACAUUCUGAUCAGUGGCUCUUUGCAGGAAACACUGUGUGCGGACAGUGCGACUCUGGGCCUCGCUCUGACGCAGCGAUGUGUGUUAUACUAGGAAAUGGGGGUCUGAAAACAGCGCCUCAUUUUUAAUGAAGUGUGUGUGUGUGUGUGUGUACCUCCUCAUACUUAAUUUAUAUGAUAAAAUAGGCGGGGAGCAUCUGAACCCUAACUGUCAUAUGUUCUGCUGUUGACCUGUGGCCACAAUAAAAUUUACUUAUGAAAUUUUAGAAGCCCUUCAUCCUGUUAUGUUGCACUCGACUCACCAUGAGGAGUGGAAACUCAGAAGACUCUCACGGUAAGUGAGCCAGAGUCUCUCAUAUGCUGUCUUAGCAGCUCAACUGCCUCAGAGCAGUAGUCUUUCUCAAGGCUACCGGCAGUCCUUAGAAUUCUUCAGUUCAAGGCCAAAGUUCAUUUAAGUUCUUCCUCUUAAACACAUUCAGGAAGCUGAUACUUUUAUUACUUUUGUCUGGAUAACCAAUCCUUUGGGAAGAAUUUUAGCUAAGCAAGCUAUCUGAGAUGUGACUUGGCUAGGCAAGUCGUGACAGCGGCUUCUCUUUAGGAAUGAAAAAAAUCCUAAUUUUGUAUGGAGAAAUUCCCUUUUUUGUAACCCAUCCUUUUUAUUGGUAAAAAAUUGUAAAUUAAAAUGUGCAACUUGA